AACCUGGCAAAACCUGAUCACCGUUCGUUUGAAAUUUGAAAUCAGCAUCUCGCUUAAUUCGCUUGUACCAACAACACCACACCAGGCCAUGGUUAUGGUUCUAGGCCCCGAACGCGACCUGUCGUUUCCCUACUUGACCUCCGUUCGCGGACGUUUUGGUCCCGACCCUUCUUUCUUGGCCACCGGCAACCUUGAGAGAGAACUUCGCACCAAACAGGUUGGCUUAGCUUUAACAGAAGAUGAAAAGCAUCAGCUUCAGAAGAUGGUCGACCAGGAUACCAAGAUUUACAUUGGAGGUAUUCUGUCCCAUUGUUGGUUGUGGUGCAUGAUUGACUUCAUUGGAGGACUUUGAAAAUCAUUAUAAUGCGUGGUUCUUUCAAGCAAAAGUUGCUCGUGGUUUAUGCUGUGUGCCUUGUGGAAGGCUGUGGUUUGAAGUUCAAGAGCUUCAAAAGUUGGCAGCAACAUCUGGUGGAAAAGCACAAAUUCCCCACUUCGUUUGAGUUCUUCAAGAAGGCCAGGCCAUCCAAGAAACAGAGGCAGAAGCAACAUUGUAAACAAGCUUUUCAUGGUAAGGAUGAACCUCCCAGUAUGAUGGAAGUUGAAGAUGAAACAAUCAAUGGCUUUGUUUCAGCAGUCUCUAAGCUAAAGCAUAUCAGUUUCAAUUCUAAAAAAUAAUCAUACCCUUCAAAGUAAUUCCCCUCCAACUCCUUUAACACAAUUUCUUUUGCUUUAGCCAAUCAUGCUGGUGUAGACAUUAAGCCUAAGCUCUCUGGAGCCUUGUCUUUAACUCUCUCAACUCAGUCAUUGGAUUGGUAUCAAUCUUAAGUUUCAA